AUGGAAGAGCAGCUCCGUCUGUUGAACGAAAAGUGGGCGGCGCAGCUCCUCGACCAACGCACGUUGGCACUGGCCCAGCACUCGGCCAGAGAGAAGCACAAAGUCAUGCAGAGCGAGACGAUGCACCGGGCGCUGCAGCAGAUGCUGCUCGAGCAGCAGUUGGUGUUUGCAACGCUGCAGUCGGCGAUGUCGCGGGCUCCUUUGCAGUCGAGCGGACAGACGAUCUUCGAGGCCCUCCACUUUGACACACGGCUGAGCCGUAAUCCCCACGAGAGGGAACAGGUACUUCUGGCUCACAACCACCGGUCGGUUGCGACACUGCCGUCGAUCGUUGCGAGCCUCACGCAGAUGGCAGUCAACAAGGCCAGAGCCACCCAGCAGGAGAAGCAGACGGAUGACGUCCUGCCGCUGUCGCAGAUUGACGUGACAGGGGGCCGCGACCACACCCUUAUCUCGAGCACCUUUAUCACCGAGAUCCCGCACACGUCGCUCGAAGAGGCGUACGCAGCAGUUUUGGCCUACUUUGACGGCAUCCCGUCAUCGAUGAAGCGCCACUUUAACGUCAACGCGAAGCGCGUCCGACUCAACAGUGUAGACUCGCCCGUGGUCUACCGUCGCUCGACGUUCCUCGGCGCGGGGCUCCCUGCAACGGUGAACAAUGUCGUUUGCUCGGAGCUAACGGCCACGCACGGAAUGGUGCACAUUGACGCGAUUGUCGACGACCCGCUGUACCCCGUGCACGAGGGCUCGUCGUCCCAUUAUGGAAUCGGUGCACUCUCUGUCAUGCCUCACGAGAACGCAGUUGCUGGACAGACCACGUCCGUGACGUUGCGCUGGGUUGUCGUGUACCACUACAAUAUGCUGCCUGACGACGAGGCCCUCAAGAACGACCUCGAGAACAUCCGACCUAUUCUCAACGGAGACCUACUCACAGCGGCCGUGUGCGACUACAUUCAACAACAACAGCAACAACAGCAACAACAACAACAACAAGAACAACAAGAACAACAACAACAACAACAACAACAGCUGCAGCUGAGCGCUCUGAACUAG